AGGUAACAAAGUUUCUCACAACUACAAGAAAAGAGUGUUUUAGGAAAUUACAAUAGAGCAAAAAUAAUUUAUACACUCAAUAGAAGAUUUUUUUUUUAAAAAAAGGGGAAAAAAGGUGAAAGGGAGAAUGAAGCAAAAGAAGAAUUAUUAGGUUACUAUUUUCUUGCAAGAGGAGAUCCAAGAUUGAGCCUCUUACUCAGCUUCCAUAUUUAUAAGGGAGAAAGAAAUUUGUAGUACAUACCCUUACUUUAUUGCUAUCCCCACCUCUCCUUGUUUUCCUAUUCAUUACUCAUAACAUAAUUCUCCUUGUACCAAGGCUACCUUCAUAUCCCCAUAUCUCUCUUUCAUUUUCUUUGAGAAACAAAGAAAGAAAAAUGGGGAGAGGAAGAGUGGAGUUAAAGAGAAUAGAGAACAAAAUCAACCGUCAAGUGACUUUCUCUAAGCGUAGGAAUGGUUUACUGAAGAAGGCUUAUGAACUUUCAGUGCUAUGUGAUGCUGAAGUUGCUCUCAUCAUUUUCUCUAGUCGUGGAAAGCUUUAUGAGUUUGGUAGUUCAGGUAUCACUAAAACCCUUGAGCGAUAUCAACGUUGUUGCCUUAAUCCUCAAGACAACUGUGGUGAGAGAGAAACACAGAGCUGGUACCAAGAGGUCUCAAAACUAAAGGCCAAAUUUGAAGCCCUUCAACGAACUCAAAGGCACUUGCUUGGUGAAGAUCUUGGACCUCUAAGUCUGAAGGAGUUGCAAAAUCUUGAAAAACAACUUGAAGGUGCACUUGCACAAGCUAGACAAAGAAAGACACAAAUAAUGGCGGAACAGAUGGAGGAGCUCCGUAGAAAGGAGCGUCAACUUGGUGAUGUGAACAAGCAACUGAAGAUUAAGGUUUCUUUGGAACUAUCAUCGCUAGAGGCAGAAGGACAAGGACUUAGAGGUCUUCCAUUUCCAUGGACUUGUAAUGCAUCAGCUGGAAGCAGCAGUUUCGCUGUCCAUCCUUCUCAAUCAAAUCACAUGGAAUGUGAACCUGACCCAGUACUUCAAAUAGGGUAUCAUCACUGCUAUAUGGCUGCAGAAGGAGCCUCAGGGUCAAGGAGCAUGGCCGUUGAGAGUAAUAUCAUCCAUGGUUGGGGCCUUUGAUUUCUAAUUCCCACUUAGCUUCUGGAUAUAGUAUAAGUUUUUGCUUCAAGUUUUCCGAGACUAAAAACUCAGUGACAUAUUUAUGAUUUGAAGUGCUUGUCAUAUAAGGUAUAAUUUGAGUAAGUGUUUUAUACACUCCUGUUUAACUUCAUAUACUUUCCUAUUUUCUCACCAAGUAAUGCAUAGUUUGACUAAAUACA